UUUGUGAUCCCAAGGUGAAGAGACAUACGUGCUUAUUAAUUGAUUAUCAUCACUAUUUUUUUCUCUUUAACUGUAUUCAAAGUGCACCAGUUUACUUAUUAUCUAAUCGAAUUUAGAAAAGAAAAAAGAAAAACGUUUGUUGUGAUAAUGGUGAACCUCAAAACCGGAUAAACAAGAUAAGGAUAAAAAACACACAAAAUCGUGUUUUUUCCGACGACUUUUUGGAUUUAUUUCUCCUUCGCCGCCCGCAACCAACUACCCCCCUUCAGAAUGGACGGCGACGCGGAGUGGGUGGGAGUGGACUUUGAAUUCGGCCGGCCGGGAAACGCUGGGCCGACCACCACCUCACGCCCACGCCCUCGCCCACGCCCUUCGGUCCCCCGCCUGCCGCCCGUGGGACCCGCCACAGAGCCGCCCCACGAUGCCAACGACGUCGCCCCCGCCACGCCCACGGGAGGGUUCAAUGCCGCAGCGCUGGCCGGGGCUGUGGGCGGGGUGCUGGGCGUCGUCCUGCUGCUGUUGGUCGUCUAUAUGUUCGUGCUGAGGAGGAAGCUUAGCAAGGCGAAGGUGGCGCGCGGCGACUCCGAGUACCGGCUGCGCGUGGAGGACGUGGCCCACCUCACGCACCUGGACGAGACGAGCAACACCUACGUGAACACGACCGACCUGCAGAAGCUGGUGUCGUCGGUGCGCGCCAAGAAGAAGGCGGAGGAGAAGCUGCCGCUGCCGCCGCGCCUUCAGCCGCAGGCGCCGCCGCUGGUGCGGCAGCCGACGUCGCCGCCCGCCAGCGACCGCUCCUCGGCGUCGUCCGCGGCCCAGGCGGACAACGACGCCUUCAGGGGCGACGUGGACGUGGUCACCCUGCGGCCGCCCAUGCCGCUGCCGCACCCCAAGCCGGACAUCCUGCAGGGCGUCCUCCCGCCCAGGACGGGCGCCCUCAGCCCGGAGCCCGUGUCGGAGAUCAUCUACUCGAACCUCCACCAGCCCUCGCAGCCGACGCCGCAGCCGACGCCGCAGUCGCCGGUCGCGAAGGCCGCCCGGAUCGAGCCGCCCAAGAUCGCGCCCCCGCCGCCCCCGGCCAAGAAGCCGAAGAGGGAGGCGGCCGUGACGGUGUCGCCGGCGGUGGUGGCGGUGGGCGGGCCGGAGGAGACGGACGCCCCGGUGUCUCCCACGGUGAUCGCCCGGCCGGCGCCGCCCCGCCGUGGCCAGGCCGGCGGCGCCCGCGGGCUCCCCGCCCACCAACACCAAGGAUCGAAGCGCCGUCCAGAAGCCGACGCCCCCCGUGGCGCCCAAGCCCCAGAAGGCCGCCUCCUCAGACGCCCCGACGCCCACGAAGACGCCGCCGCCCAAGCCCGCCCUCCCGAAGGCCGCGAAGCCCGGCGUGCUAAGCAAGGGGCGCGGCCUCCCCCCCCUCAAGAUGGCGCUGCUCCACUCCGACAGCAGGAGCUCCAUCGACAGCUGCGCCACGCCCGACACCAGCGUGCUCGAACUCACGCCCGACGCGGACGAGGGGCGGAGCACGGCGUCCAUCAGCGCCAAGAUCGCCUUCCUGGAGGGCAAGAUGAAGAGCCCCGCGACGGCCCCCAGGGGGAUGCCGGCCAAGACCUGAGGACCCCCCCUCCGCCCCCCUUCGACCGAGACAAAUCAGUAUUAAGCAUGGCUGCUGAGCGGGUACUCAUCAUCGUCAUCAUCAUCAUCAUCACCUGACGGGAGGUUCCGCGGCCCCACCGAGGAGAGCACUCGGGGGUCGUCGGUUCGAAACAAGAGGGACCCCAAGGUUUCUUUCUUCGGUAGUAGGGACGUCGGCUGGAAGAGAGCAGCAGUGCCUUCCGAGGGAGUGAGGACAGCGCGCCCAUCCCGUGACGUCACGUCCCGUCGAAGGGGGUUUCCCGGCUCGCCCCGACUCGCUGACGUCCCCCCCCCUCCCCCCCCCCCGCGCCUCGUGACUUCGACCGAUGGUGUCCGUAAAUGAUUUUUGUAAACGACGUCCAUAGAGGAAUUUUUUUUUCUUGUCCGUAAGUGGUGUCUGCAGAUGAUGUCCGUCAUUGGUCCGUGGAUGAUGUCAGUGAAUGAUGUCCGUUAGUGGUGUCAACAAGACCCGCGCAGGAAGCAGUAUGUAGUGAUAAGAUGUUGUCAGUAGAUUUAAGACGUUGCUUUCUCAAGACUUUUACGUAUCGUUGCCCUUCAGUAAAAAAAAAAAUAGUUUCUAUAUCACACAGUAAACCCAUCACAUCAGGUGCAAUAUAUAUAUACUCUUUGUGAUGGUAAAUACAUAUGUAGGUGUCAAUCUGUCCGCCUGUAUCUACGUCUAUCUGUUUGUAUAUCUAUAUAGAGAGAUAUAGAUAUGGUCAUAUAUAUAUAUUAUUUGUAUGUAUAUGUGUGUGUGUGUGUGUGUGUGUGUGUGUGUGUGUGUGUGUGUGUGUGUGUGUGUGUGUUGUGUGUGUGUGUGUGUGUGUGUGUGUGUGUGUGUCUGUGUGUGUGUCUGUGUGUGUGUGUGCGUACGUGUGUACAUACGUGCGUUCGAGCGUGUAUUUCUACGUGUUACUAUAUGUAUAUUAUAUUAAUAUAUGUAAAUUUGUAAGUGUAUGGAUAUCUUAGUUUAGUAUCGAGUGAGAUCUGGUCUAUCGUUAAUUUAUUUUGUGAAAUGAGCAGAUCAUUAACAAGAACAGUUACAAGCGAGAUAUUAGAGACCGCCAAAUGAAACGAAGGAAUGCGAUGGAAAAUGGCGUAUAGGAAGACAGACAGAAGUGGAAAAUUGGAAGUGGGAUAAAGGAGUGCAAAAAGGAUGGAAAAGUGCCGAGAGAGGAAGAUGAUGAUAAAGAAGAAGUAAGGAAACUCCCAAGAAUUAUAUAAAGAUGAAAGACUAAUGAGAUAACGAACAGGAAAAGAAAAAAAUCUUGAGCCUUGAGAAAAAGAAAAGGAGAGAAAUUCGUGGAUAAAGAGAGGAAAAAGGUAAAGAGACAUGACAACACAUAGAUAAAAACAAAGACAAAUCCCGACAAAGAGGACAAAAGAGACAAAACUAGACAUAUAUGAUAAAAAAGACUAAACUAGACACCUGCGAUAAAAGACAUGACAAAACUAGACAUUUAUGAUAAAAAAGGACGUAAGAUAGAAACAAAACUUGACAAAUACGACAAAGAUAGAUCCAAAUCUGAGAAAAAUAAACAAAGAUAGAAGAUAUAGAAAAAAAAGAAAAAAAUAGACAGAAUUAGAUAUAGAAAAAAGACAAAAAUAGACUAAUAGCCCAAAAAUAGACAGAAUUAGAUAUAUAAGUAACAAUGGGCUAUUAUAACAUUUAUAAAACCACAUGUAACAUGAUGCCAAAGGUUAUUCGAACUCGGGAAUGUUCUGGAAUGUAAAUUAAUCCACAAACAAGUCAUAUGAUUAUAGAACCUUCACACAGACUGUUCUUGAGGCAUUUACUUUAAUUUUGUACAUAGGAUUUCUCCUUGUUAUGUGACACCCUGUGCGUUAUUCAUAUAGAUUCCAUGCUCACAAAUAAUGCAGAUGUGUUCGUUUAAGUUGCAGAUGUGUUCGUUUCAAUAGGCCAUAUGAUAUCAGGUAUAUCCCAGUAAGUAUAUGAAGAUUAUAAUGAAAGAAUAUGUGUUUUAUUUCUUUUCUUUUUCUUCUUAGUGUAACGAUUCAGUGGGACAAGCCGAAUUGAUCGUUAGUUCCAUAAUCGAUUGAGGUGAUUCCCUUGUUUGGAUGGGUUGUUAGCUGAGAAGCAGUGUUGUGUAUAUAUACAUGUCAUGUUCAUAAACUUGUAUUUUUUUUUAAAGAUACAUGGAUAAUGUCAUCCUUCAUUAAAUCAUUGAUCAUUUG